UGUAUUCGUCAAGUUUUGUUUUACCACUUUCGCGGACGGACUCGUCGCAAUGCCUUGACUAUUUGUGCCAAUCAUACCCAUUAAUUUCUCAAAGCCUCCGCGUUGGUGAACUAAAGGCAAACACUUGAAAAUAUGUUCAGCAAUUUUCGGGAACAUUACGCUUGCAGUAGUUAAUUGCUCGUCCGUUCGUCGUGUUGUUCAAGAUGUUUACCCAACUUUUUGUGAUAUAUAUAUUUUUUGGAUUGAAGUGACUGUAAAAACUGUUCUUUAUUUAUACUUGGUGUUGUUGAAUCGUAUUCUGGCAAAGGCACUACCAAUGCAGUGUAAUUGGCCAAGCGACGUACAUUUUAAACAACUACACAAAAAGUGAAAGUGAGAUCAGGAUGGACGUGGACAUGCCUACAAUCCCAACACCAGCUGUUCGGUCGGCAACCAACGGGGCACGUACUGGGCCUACUCCUCCACUUCGCCCAACCAAUGCGACUGUAUCGCCUGCCGCUUCUGGUAGUGGCUCACGAGCAGCCCCAUCAACGCCAUCCGCUCAAGUCGAGCCGCGUCGCAUCCGAUGCCCGCUAUGUCGCCGGAAACAUCGACUACAACAUUGUGGGCUCUUUAAGGAGCUAACGCCGACACAACGACAGCGUGUGGCACAGGCACAUGAGCACUGCCUCAACUGCCUGUCGCACACGCAUGGGACGCAGGAGUGUGCUUCUGCCGAUCUAUGCCACACGUGUGGCAGACCACAUCAUACGCUGCUGCACAGGACCCCACGACGCGAUGUAGGUCGGCCAGCUGCCCCAAGCACGGGUAGAUCAACGCAAGGAAACCGGACGGUGCGACGCCGAACUACUGCAGCCCGGCCUGCGCCCCAUCAAUGGCGUUCGCACCACGUUGCACCAACCAGGCGUCGUCCAAAAGCGCCACAGCAUCGCCCCGCUACUGGACUCAGCAACGUAGUGGCCACACUCCAGCAACUGCAAAGAUUGCUAGGCUGAAUAUUCGCCUAGGGGGGCCGGGAUGGCUAAAUGAGAUAAGCCGCCCCCCUCUAAUGCCACUACACGACUACACCACCACCAUCAAUACACCACACACACCGAAGCUACAUUCCACACGACCCACACAUCAACACCACCCACA